CGCCUUCCUUGCGUUUGACUGAUACCCCUUCAUGGAAUAGGGCUUCCAGAGAGAAUCACCAUGCAAUGACAAUGUCUGGCAUGAACCUUUUCUCUUCAGUGCUGCGCAGGAACGCCCCCUUCACAUGUCGUGCCUGUCUCCGAAAGCAAGCAUCGCCUAUACCUCAACGAUCUAGCUUUGCCACGAAAGCCAGUCCAACACUACCGCCACGUACGAAACGAAGGAGAAGGAUACUUCUUGCGUCUAGUGGAGCUGGUGUAGUUGCGACUGCGGUAGCCGUUAGUGACGAUGCAAAGCACGCGGCAAUCGGGGCACAGAGGACGGGAAGGGUCGUUUCGACUCUGUUCGUUAACAUCAAUGACUACCGGACGACUCUAAAAUACGAUCACGAUAACGAGAGCGAUUAUAAUGCCCUCCUCAAAGCAUGUCACAAACGAUGCGCCGAACGAACGCUGGUUACUUUGGAGAAGAAUGGAUCCAUAUUCAUCAAGUUGGGGCAGCAUCUCAGCAGUCUGAACUAUCUACUCCCCAGCGAGUGGUGCGAUACGUUCAUCCCUCUACAGGACAAAUGCCCGAUAUCGUCAAUCGAGUCGAUACGGGAGAUGGUUCUCAAGGAUACCGACCAUGAGCUCUCGGACUUCUUCUCCGAAUUUGAGGAGACGCCUAUAGGAGCAGCAUCGCUGGCGCAAGUACACAGGGCGACAAUUAGGAAAACUGGGCAGAGGGUGGCGGUGAAGGUGCAGCACCCGACGCUGGACGAAUGGUCACAUCUGGACCUUGUUCUGACGAGAUUCACGUUCUCUACUUUGAAGAGAUUCUUUCCGGAAUACGACCUGACAUGGUUAUCCGAGGAGUUAGAGGUCUCCUUGCCGCAAGAACUGGAUUUUCACCAAGAGGGCGAGAAUGCCAUUCGCGCUAAGAACUACUUCGAGGAAAUCCGGAACACGCCAGUCGUAAUCCCCGAAGUCCUGUGGGCGAAACGCCGCAUCCUGGUGAUGGAGUAUGUCAGUGGUCACAGGCUUGAUGAUCUAGAGUAUCUGGAUUCUCGCAAGAUCGAUCGGGACGAAGUAUCUGCGGCUCUCGCUCGAAUCUUCAAUGAGAUGAUAUUUGGGACAAAUGCCCCUCUGCAUUGCGACCCUCAUGGCGGUAAUAUCGCCAUUAGGCACAACCCGUCUCGUUCAGGGAGAGACAAUUUCGACGUUAUCCUCUAUGAUCAUGGGUUGUAUCGGGACAUCCCCAUUUCCUUACGGCGGGCGUAUGCGAAGCUCUGGCUCGCAGUGCUGGACGCCGACGAGCCUCGAAUGCGGAAAUAUGCCUACGAGGUGGCUGGAAUUGGUGACGAGCACUUUGCUCUGUUUGCCAGUGCGAUCACGGGACGAGACUACAGCAUUGUGAAAGAAAACAUAGCGAAGCCACGCAGUAUGCAGGAGAAGGAGAACAUAUCAGAGGCUUUGGGAGAGGGUAUGCUGGCGCAAUUGGUUCAAUUGUUGGGGCAGGUUCCGAGGGUCAUUCUACUGAUCCUUAAGACUAAUGAUCUAACCCGUUCGCUGGACGAGAACCUUCACACCCGUCAGGGCCCAGCCCGGACAUUCUUGAUUCUAGCUCGCUAUGCGUCGCGCACAGUAUAUGAAGAACAGCUAGAGCUUCUUACAGGGAGCAUCUUCUGGCCGCCUACCUUUGUCGCCUUCCUACGAGCAUGGUCUGCACAUAUGAGAGUUGAAUUGAAGCUCACGGUCUACGAGCGCUGGCUCGCCGUGAGAGCUCUGCUGGGCAUGGGCCCGGUGGUGUGAUGUUGCUUAUGGACAUAUUUGACGAGAGUCGUUUGCGCGAUUUGACGGACUUGAUAAUGCAUUUCUGUAGCGGCUGGUAGAUUAUUGAUGUAUAGAUAUGAUUGGAGCGUCCUGAGCAAUUGCAUUGUCAGCGAGUGGCGGUGCAGUUCUCGAGCAUGGAACAGUCGGCAUGUCACUAGAUUGCGAGGCUGGGAAUGAUUGUGGUCAACGGAUCCGUCUUGCCGCGUCUGGCUAGGGCAUAGCUGUCUUCCAGGGCCUCGUCAUGAGUUUGCGUACACUCAGCUGGCACUGCUCAUGAUGGUUGAAUGCAUUUUAGGAGUCCGUAGGCACUAUGCUAUUUUAGUGGUAUGCGGCGCCGUCCGAGGCCCAGCAAGCUUCCGGACUGUCCAAAACAACAAGAUAUC